GAGUGACAUGUCAAAUGAUGUAGGCAAAGCAUUGACAAGUGCAUAUUUACUACAGUUUGCAUAAGUUUGUACAAAUAAUGGCCACUACCUACGGCGAUGUCAAUAGAGGACCACUAACUUUAAAACAUGACGAUGAGUAGGAGUUUGGACGAAGCUUUCCUGUCCAGAAAGAUCCAGGCGUGCAAUCGUCAUCACAUGGACGGUAUCCUCAAGUUCACGCCGAGGGAUUUUACCAAAUAUAAGCCAAGUUUCAACGAAAUUAUGAUGGAGACUAACCACCGCUUUAAGGGUUUUCCCACCAACAGUAUGAUCAGUCCGCGUGAACCGAUCCGCGGCGGCGGACUGGACGACCCACAUCUUCGUCUUUUCGCUCAGACCCGUCAUUUCGACAAGGGAAAGAUGGGCGGCCCGUACAGUAACUGGUACAACCACUACAAUUAUCUUUCAAAAGAAGGUAAACCUGCGAUAGAUGAGGGUCAUUACAGUAUUCGUUAUGGAGAACAAAUCCCAGUGGAUUCUGGGACACCCAAGCCGAUCGCCGGAGCACUUUACCCAGAAAGAAGCUCAGCAGAACAUCGUAAAUUUCGCAAGCACCAGAUCGAGGCCGAGGACGACCUUCAGAAGUUCAAGAUGGAAAAGCUACAGAAGGCGCUGAACCAGGGCGAAGAGAAGAAGAAGGAUUGGGAGAUGCUUCAGGAGUAUAACCCGUGGGGGAGGCCAGGAGGUGGUGCACCUAAGCAACCCGACAACAGAAAACAAAAAUUCGGCGAGGAAGAGCUACACACAUCACAGGUCAGUCCACGGAAGGGUGAUGAACAGUUCCAUGAUAGCUUCGGGAGGCCGGGAGGUGGCGCCCCCUUACGAACAAAUUCCGGCCAUUUAAAAACGGAGAUCUCAGGCGACCCGAAUAUCCGGUUCCACCAGGCGGAAAAUAAUCACGUUGUGCGACAGCAGAUUGGUGAGAAUAUGCGAUAUGUGACGAGGCAGGAACGUGGACGAAAAUAUGCAAAUGAAUUGGACCAGCAAAUUGUUCAAAGAGCUUUGACGGAACAAGAGCAGAGAAUCAGUGACCUUAAGCAAGAAUAUGAAAUGAUGAAACAUCAUCCAUACGGCCGACCGGGCGCCGGAGCGCCGAAUCUCUCCCAAUCAGGUAAUGUCAAGAAUCAUGGGAAAUCAUGGCAUCGCUAUCAGUACCAACCCAACGAACAUCUUGAUGCGUUGUUAGAAGAGCGCCGAAAGAACGAUUUCGGAGAUGAGAACUUGCCGCCAUUUUCUCACCGAGAUUGGGACACGUGGCAACAGCCGUACGAUAGUCCACGGCGAAAUGACCUCGAUGAACAACCAAGAAAAAUAGCUCGAGGUGAUGAGAAUAAGAAUGUGUAUGACCCAUGGGGUAAGGGCUAUGGAGGCCCUGUCAGGGACAGUAGAGGGAAUGUAAUCAACAGUCGAAGAUCUGAUGGCAAGAAUGGUAUCAAUGAGUUUGAAGACCAGAGAGCUAGGGGAGCAACUUUGAACAAGUUUGGUGACGGUGAAGGUGGUGGUGCCCCCACUAGGACAGAGAGUGGACACAUCAGGACGACACACCCAAUAACAUUACGAGCGGACGAAAGAGGAGCACCAUUUUUCACAAAACCAUACUCACCUCCGUCAAAAGAGACCAAGAGUGAGUUGAGUAUAAAAGAGGAAAUUCCCGGGCAACGCUCUGGAGAAGAGCCAAGUUCCUGGUAUCCUUUUGGUACGGCAGGAGGUGGCGCCCCCAAUAGGGAUGCAAAUGGAAACAUCAUCACGCACAUUUAUGCUAAGGAAACGCUAGAGAGAGAUUCAGCCGACCAGCGUAGGAAGGCGAGAAAUGCAAGGGAGUACCUCAAUGAAUUAGAAUCGGAACGCGAUGAGCAACAUCAGAAGAUGUUGGAAGAGAAAAGAUACAGAAGGGCUCCGAUCGGUGAAUUUGCACGCAUAGUGAAAGAUGGCCAGGUUGGCAAGCCCAAACGUGACCCGUAUACAGGAGAACUAGGAAACCAGGCUCUGCCAAUGACAGAUGUCACAAAGGAUAGAACUGGCUACGUCUCGCAGAAAAAUGACAGCACUAGAGAUUACCACACGCACCUUCAGAGGGCUGCAGAGGAGAGGCACCGCCUCCGUCGCAUGGACGGGUACAAGGAAAAACAGGAAUCAAGACAGCACCAUGAGGUCUUUGGAGAGUUCUUUGGGCGACCUGGAGGUGGCGCGCCUAACCCUGCUGGACCCAGACGACACGACACAGACGAAGUGGUCCAUUCGCCAAGAAAGGAUCAUCCAACUUACUAUGACAAUAAAGAUUGGUGGCAAUACAAGUCAACUAAGCCUAAUACUGAUAAUGGUUACGAGAAACACGACUAUGUGAAAUCGUACGACCCAGACUUUGUCAGAAAAUCCUACGAGAGUCCACGGCAAUUUGAAGAUGGGGACCUCCCAUCCAGCUAUAUCCGUAGUACGGUGAACAGCAAACAUGAUAACCAAUAUGAGUAUUAUGUUCCCCAGGAGCCCCUCUCAAAGGCACAUCAAGUGGAUAUACCAUACGCAACACACUAAUGGUGGGAGAUCGUUAGGAACAAGACAUGCUAUGGAGAGGUGGCAACAUCACAUCUCCACUUUAGACCAUACUCAACAUUUUCUUGCCAAAUUUUGUAAAAAAACUAGUAAAAUGUCAUAUUGCUAUUUUCCGUCCAGAAUUUGUUCCUUUUUUUUACAAAAUUGUUGAUUAUCCAACGGUAUGGUAUUUGAAAGUGUAGUCAUUACCAAAACAAACUGGUAACUGAAAAAACUAAACAGUGCCAGAGUUAGAAAUUGUUUUGCAAUCCUUUGUUAAUUGAUUACAUUUAGGUAUGGGCCUUUAUAAUUUACCUAGAUUAGUUAAGAACACCCUAAGAUGUAACAUCUUGGCUUUAUGUGUAUAUAUUUCUAAAAAAUUAUUUUUACCAAAUCUCAUUGAUAUUCUGUUUAUGUGCCGUUUUGCAAAUAACAUAUGUGCCGUUGUUCAUUUUGUGUUUUUUUCUCGUAAAAUUAUUGUUUACAGAAACGUUUAUUUUGAUAUUUUUCAAAUACUGAUCGAUCUGACACAUUUUUGCUUAUUCUGGUUGGAGAUAAGAUUCAAAAGUGAAUUGACACUGAACUGUUUUUAAAGUUGAAGUGACUCUUCUGACAGUUUAGUUAUUUAUUUAUUGAAAUUUUUACUGUACAUGUACAUCCACGUAUACAAUAAUAGUGACGACAGAAACAUGUACAGAGUGGUGUUGGCACAGGAAAUGUCCUAUGUGAGCCAGCACCACAAAGUAUAAAUAAACUAGUUGAUAUCACAGAAGCAGUAAACAUUAAAAAAACAGUAAUAAACACAAUCAUAAUAUUGUCAGUUCACCCUUAAGAAAUCAAAUCAAAUGGUUUCGCAGUCAUUUAUAAUUAUUUCUGUGAUCUGUAUUGUUAUGUCCUUUCCUUAUUUGUGAAUAUUUUUUUAAACAUGCUGUAAUACAUGUAGUGUGAUAUUUUGUGACACAUAUUUUCUUGUUUAUUAUUAUAUGUGAUACUUCUGCAGACGUUGGCCAGAAGGGUGCCAUUUAUAGUUCUCAUACAUUCAAGUUUGUACCAGAGUUACAUGUCUAUUUCAUGUCCAGGAGGGCAUAAAUCUAUUUUUACCAUUACAAUAAAAUUCCCUCACUAAUUUCUAAAGUUGGUGUUGACUUGAGAUAGCAUAAAUGUGACCAGCAACUUUGAAUUUUAGUGCACUUUCUGGUUAUAACAAUAUUAAAAACUUCUGGAAGACACUGACAGAACUUCUAGUUUUUAGCUGUUAGUUUUUUUGACAAAGUGGGUUAGAAAAAUUAGUGCUUCCAAUUUGUACCAAUAGGUGGCGCGGCCAUCUAUUCAAAACUGUUUUUACGUCACACGAUUUUUGUUGCACGUAUUUUUUUUCAUUGAUGAAUUUAUCAAAUUAACCGUUUGAUGGGCUUAUCAUUUGUUAUGAAGUCAUAAUCCGUCCAAACUGAUUACAGAGGUCAGAUUAGCUAGAAAAAAGCCAUUUGGGACCAAAACCACCAUAUGGAAAGAAAAUCACUGUCCCUAAUACUAAUAGUGUCCUGCUAACAGAGAUGUCUGCAAAGGGAGGUGCCACUUAAUUAUCCUCUGCCCCACUCUUUAAACAGAGGUUUCCUGGCCAUUUUCCUGUCACCAGACAGAAAAACGAAUUGUUUUAGUGUUUUCUGGGUCAAUGACUGAAAAAUUAUUUCCUGGAGUGUUUCAUAUCACCAGGCCAAUGAGAGAAAAAUUUGUUUCCUGGAGUGUUUCAAGGCCAACUGCAGAUGAUAUUGUUAAAUGUUCUGCUGAGUAUGACUAUUGUAUAUAUUAGUGUUUUAUGCAUCUUUAAAGUAUAUUUAUUGUAUAGCUGUACUUUUAUAUAGAGGAUUACAUGUCAGUCUUUUAUAGGUAACUUUUUUAGAGAAAUUUCUAUACAUUUUGUAGUAUUGUUAGGCCAUUCAAUGUUUUAUGUACACAUGUUUCAUACGAUCAUGCUUGGACGAUAAAACUAUUUUGGAAGAA